UAGAAUUAGUCUGUGGUCAUGUGUUUAGUAACCUCACUAGCCAGUAGCCACUACACGCUACAGGCUACAGCAACAAUAAACUAUUGCCUAGACAGGAGUUGAGUACUGAAAUGCCGUUUGCUCGACGUUAUGUUUUUAUAAAAAAAAAUAAUUAAAGUUUUUGUGACUUAUAUUUAUUUUAUGUAAGAUAAAUUUAAAUACAUUUUGUAGAUUGCUAAUUUCAUUUCGGGAAGAAUACCUUUACAUUACAAUUUAUUGACCUAAAAGGUAGAAAACAAAGCUAUGGAUUCUGAUUUUGAAAGGAUUGAAGCGGAAAACCGUCAUCUUUUUUUUAACGAUGAAAUUAUAAACAAAUAUAUGGAUCUAAUCACAGAACGUUCCCCCAACACAGUGUAUGCAUUUAACACAUUCUUUUACUUAGCUCUGUCUGACAAGGGAUACUCUCACGUUUGUCGAUGGACAAAAAAAAUUGAUAUAUUCUCAAAAAGAAAAUUAUUCAUCCCUGUUCAUAUUGAUGAUCACUGGUGUUUAGUUUAUGUUGAUUUAUUACAUAAAUCUAUUCAAUACUAUGAUAGCCUGAAAGGACGUAAUUUUAAAUGCUUAAAAUUAAUAUUGAAAUAUUUGAUGAUGGAACAUGUCGAUAAAAAAGGAGAAGAAUUUCAUCCUAGUGGUUGGUUAUUAAUGAAUGUGAAGAACUGCCCACUACAAUUGAAUAGUUGGGAUUGUGGAGUAUUUGUUUGUAUGUUUGCCGAGUAUCUAUCAAGAGAUGCUCCAUUAAAUUUUUCACAAAAAAAUAUGGCUAGAUUUAGGAGACAAAUUCUAUUUGAACUUAAGAAGAAAAAAUUAAGAAAACCUGUUUUAGAAACUUAAGUAACAUACUACAAUACUGUAACAAAAUUAAAUUAUGCAUAUUUUUAUACAUUUGUAGUAAAUAUAGAAACUUCAUUAUGUAUAAUAUGUAUUUAAUAUUGAUAACUAAUAUGUUAUAAGUAAUUAUAUUUAGGCAUAUUAUUCACUUAAAUUAAAUAUUGAUGUAUUUAUGAUAUAAUUGCAUGAAAUUUUGUUAUUAAGUUUUAUUUGUAAGUAAUAUAAACAAUUUUUUUAUGAUUA